AUGGACGGCGUAGCGGUUGAGCCAUAUUCUCGGACGCCGCCGCUGGCGUCAACAGAGCCUAACAUGGCAACUCUUCCACCUCCACAGCCUCGGGAGCCCUCAGAAAAGAGAGAGCUGCCUCACCACCCGAUGCUCAGCACGGCCGCCCUGUUGAAUCCCAUCAUUGAGAAGACGCCGCCGCCGGUUGUUGAAGAGCCCAGGCCAAUGCAUCCGCACACGCUGCCUCAGAUUCUGCCUCAGCCCCAGCACCAGCCUCAGUCGCAUCAAUCUUAUUCAAACUCGCACUCGCUGUCGCGGUCGCCGGUUGACAAGGGACCUUCAGCAUCGACAACGCCUCCGCUGGAGCCGACCAACGGACCCGUCAUCAACGACAUGCAAAAGUGA